AUGAUAGUGCGGGCCGCAAGCUACGUGGGUAAGCUGCAGCAGCAACACCACCACCACCACCACCGCCACCGCCAGCAGCAGCAGCAGCAGCAGCAGCAGCAGAAGCAGCAGGGGUUUGAGCCACAGCAGGUGCAGGAGGAUCCUGAGCAGUAUCAGGAGCAGCAGCAAGAGGAGCAGCAGCAGCAGCAUCAGCAGGAUCAGUAUCUCUAUUGA